AGAAGCCGGGGAAGAAACGCGGCUUCCCGCCGCGGGGCCGGUGCCCCCGGGGGGUGCCCUGAGGCGGCGGGGCCGUCGGGCGGCCUGAGGGGGCGAAACGUGCGGCUGGAAGCGCUGCCUCCCCCCGAGGAGAAGCCCGGGGACUCCGCUGAGGGGGUGGUGAGAGCGUUGUCGGGUUGUUUUGGUCGCAGCGCGGUUAUUAAAGGGUGCCCAGCCGGGAAAGACCCUCCGGCCCCUCAACUCUUCCCCCCUCACCGCCGGGUGACUGAAAGGAGCUGUCCGGACCACCCCGAUGAUUUUUCGGAGUUGAGGUAAUGGCUGAGGUUGGUCGGUGGGAGUCAGCUGGAGGCCCAGAGCACAGUCUGCGGGUUGCGCAGUGCCCAUGAUCUGACCCGCAGCCUCUGCCUUGUCUGGGACCGGCGGGAUGGGGAACAGUGGCUCAGCAGUGAAGGUCUGUACAGAUCACCAAGGAGGCAUCAACUGGCUGAGCCUGAGCCCGGACGGGCAGCGCCUGCUCACGGGUAGCGAGGAUGGCACUGCGCGGCUCUGGAGCACUGCCGACAGCCAGUGCCAUGGCCACUUCCAAGGACAUGAAAGUUACAUCACCUUUUGCCACUUGGAAAAUGAGGCUGCCUUCACAUGUAGCGCAGAUCAUACCAUUCGAAAGUGGGAUGUGAUGACAGGUCAGUGCCUGGCCAUUUACCGAGGACACACAUCAAUUGUGAACAGGAUCCUGGUUGCCAAAGACUAUCUCUUUAGUGGCUCCUAUGACAGGACGGCCCGUUGUUGGAGUGUGGACAAGGAGAAACAAAUCCAGGAAUUCCGGGGCCAUCGGAACUGUGUCCUGACUCUAGCUCACUAUUCCUCCAGGGAUGUUCUUGAAGAAGAGGAGGAGGAAGAGGAAGAGGAGGAGAAAGUGAGCAGAGACCUCCUAGUGACAGGUAGCACAGACUGCACUGUUAAGGUCUGGUGGGUGUCCAGUGGGCGCUGUUACCAGACUCUGCUGGGACACACUGGGGCUGUCUUAUGCCUUAUACUUGACGCACCAAACAGGGAGCUGUUUUCUGGCAGCACAGAUUAUACCAUUCGAACGUGGAAUAUUGUCACUGGUGAGCAGCUGAAAGUGUUCAAAGAGCAUCAAGGAUCAGUAAUUUGCCUAGAGCUAGUGAAUCGGCAUUUGUAUUCAGGAAGCGCGGACAGGACAGUGAAGUGCUGGUUAGUAGACACUGGGGAGCGAAUCCAAACGUACAAGGCUCACAAACACAGCGUUAGCACUUUGAAAUACCACGCUGGGAUCUUGUUCACAGGAAGCGGUGAUGCCUGCGCAAGAGCUUUCAAUUCCAAGAGUGGUGUCCUGCAGAAGAUCUUCCGAGGACACAAGUUCAUCAUCAACUGCAUUCAGAUCCACAAUGAGUUGCUCUACACAGCUUCCCACGACGGCACGCUAAGGAUUUGGGACAUCCGGGGAAUAUGCAAGAGAAACAAGCGGCGUUUGAAGAAGGAGAGGUCUGCCCAGGGCAGGAGCUCUCAGAAGGGAAGUCUGUCUCGUCUCUUCAACAAUAAAGUCGGCUGUAUGGUACAGCAAGAAAAUGGGGAACACGAGACCGUUGAAUUAAUGUGACCAUCCAGAACAGACUUUCCAUCAGUGACCAAAGCUGAACCUCUUGUUUUCUGCACCACUGUGUCCAUGUAAACCAGAACUUGGAAAGAGAUGGGAAAUGGCUUUGCUUGAACCUCUUUUUCAGGAGCCGGGAUUCUCUGUGACUGUCAGAUGGACUCAAGUCAGAUCUUGUCCCUGCAGAUGACGCUCAGCUGAGCAGUGCUGGGGUCAGGAGGGACUGCAGCGUGCUUCAGGUGAUGUACCUCUCUGUGUGUAAUUAAGAACUUACAACUGCUUAUUUUCAUUUCCCGCUGGCACAGAGGCAUUGCACCCUCCUGCCUGUCUAGUACCCAACGAGAAAUGUUUUCUGCUGUUGCCUGCUCACGUGCCCCCUGUGUGGCUGAAUGUAGAAAUGAAAGGCACCCUGCAGUACGUACGACUACGAAUUCAGUUUUCACAGCUGACCUUCGAGUCAGUUUUUCUUUUUUUUUUGCUCAUGAGCCCAACUAAUGCAGGAUGGUAUGGCUCAGCAGAAGGAGUUUAAAGCAGACUGGACACUUCUCUGGGAAGUUGGGAGUAGUAGGACAGAAAUUUAAUUAUUUUUUUUUAAACAAAACAUAAGCUAGAGAACAAUCUAAACCUCAGACCUUUUGUACCAAGGUCAGCUGUUGGCCAAGGCACAGCAGUUGUCCUCCUCCCAACGGCCUAGCGGGUUCUUUUUUUACCUUUUACGAUCUCACACUUCAGCAAAGGAAGCAGCAAGGGCUUCGCGUGCCUUUUGUCUCCACACUGCCAGGGCUGUGUGCCUCCAGCCACCUGCUUACCCCCAGGCACGGUUCCCCACAUGGGAGGCUCCCACGGGGCUCCUCUGAAGGGCCUGGUCUCAGCGCAGCAGGAGUCAGAAGCUGUUCUCUGGGCAACCUGGCCCAUGGCUUGACUGUCCUCAUGGGGAAAGGCUUUCCUUAUAUCCACUGGGAAUGUCAAAUUGCAUUUUUUUUUUUUCAGGGGAGAGGAGAGCAAAAUGGGAAGAUUUAUCGGGUGCUCUAGAUUUGUUCUCCUUCCUCCUUAGGAGGCUGCGUCUGCCCUUGGUUUGCGAGGUCGUUAGUUGCAUGGGAUAAGCAGUGAAACUCCAGAGAAGUUCUCCUGGUCUUUUUCCAGGUUCAUCCCCCUCUGAUAACCACUGAGCCAUGAAUAAACAAGGGUUCUUAUAUUUUUCUAUUUGCAGAUAUAACUCUUUGUAGAACCAGUAUGAAACUAUCUAACCACAUGUUUUUAUUUUUAUGGCUUUAUUUAUUCUGUACUGCAGCAAGACAAAAAUGCUGUAAUCCUUUUUUUAGA